ACACAUAAUAAAUACGUUUAAAAUUUCGGAGCUGACUUCUCUAUUAGUUGCAUAAGCAACAUCUUAAAGUUUCGUUUUUCCCGGAUCAAGUAUCUAUAGCGAUGCCACGUCGGCCGCAACCACUGGAAGAAGACAGCCUGGAACAGAAUUGUCCUCUCUGUGGGUUGCCUGAUUCUAGCCAGAUGGUCAGCUGCGAAGAGUGCCAACGGUGGUUUCAUUUUGUAUGCGCUAAUGUGAGUGACGCCCUUGCUGAUUACGAUUGGAGCUGUCAGAGAUGCCGUAGCGCCAGAUUCCCUGCUCCAGUACCAACUGCGUCAUUCUCUAUGCCGCCAGUACAUAUACCAGCCGUUGAAUCCGAAACGCAGUCAUUAGUACCACCUCUAGUCUCGCUUCCACCAGGAGGACCAAGUACGUCCUAUGAAGCUCCCGUUUGUGAAUGCCCAACAAGUCAAGCAUACGUUCCACCAGUCAGCCAGACGACAUCGACCUAUAAUAGGGCGUACGAUCCUAGGUAUACCUGUGGUAGUCACGUAUACUUUCCGCAGAUUGAACCAAUCAUGACAACUGCUCCGUCCGUACCAACAUUACAGCCGAAUCCUGUUUCUCAGAUGCCUAUGGAUUUGAGGCUCCGUUACCUGGAAGAAGAACAGGCUCUCGAAAGGAGACAUCUGCUACAACGGUACCGUUUAUUGAUGGACGCACCACAAGUUGAGCCGCCGAUUACAACAAUUCCACUGGUUGGAUUACACAGCAGUGAUUCAGCACACCCAACCAGUCAGCAUCAGUCAUUCCCGGAUUUUCCACGAGUGCAUAUUGUGCAAUCACCUCCCGCUCCAGUUUUUCCAAACCCACAGUACCAUUCUUCCCCGGUUCAAAACCCACGAAGGUCUAGCAGGCCGCUUCAGACUGGUAUCAGUUCGCAAUUCCAACCUUCACCAGUACAACAAACUCGUCCGAGCAUUCCAGGAUUCCGUAAUGAAGAUCAUCUGCAAGCAACUGGAUUCGGGAACGAAUCGGCUUUACUCAACAGAAGUCAAAUUGCUGCGCGCCAAGCCGUAUCUAAGGACCUCCCGGAGUACAACGGUGAUCCGGAACAGUGGCCGUUAUUUAUUGCUACAUUUGACAGUACAACACGUAUUUGUGGCUACACCCCGGAAGAAAAUAUGAUACGCUUACAGAAAUGUCUCAAGGGCAAGGCACUCGAAGCAGUGAGGUGUCAGUUGUUACACCCGAGGAACCUAGAAAACGUUUUGGCAACCCUCAAAAUGUUGUUUGGCCGUCCCGAGAUUAUAGUUCAUUCCCUCAUACAGAAGAUUCAGCUCCUGCCAGCACCGAAAGCUGAGAAACUUGGCACACUGGUCGACUUUGCUAUCGCCGUGAGGAACAUGGUAGCGACAGUGCAAAACUGUGAUUUGGAAGAGCAUCUCUGCAACAUCUCUCUUCUACAAAGUCUUGUGGAUCGCCUACCACCAAUGAUCCGCCUCAACUGGGCAACUCACCGCCAGAAUCUGUACCGAGUUACACUCUCACAGUUCAGCGACUGGCUGUAUAAUCUCGCUGAGGCGGCUAGUAGUGUAACGAUCCCACAAAUUCAGAGUGUUCCUGAAAAGCCCCGGCAUGCACGAAAGGAUGACGGUUUUUUGAAUGCUCACACUGAAACUGCUCCGAAACCAGAGGUGGAUUCAAAUGGUUUAAUCAAUUCAAGCACUUGUGCCGUUUGUCAAGGAAAGUGUGAAGCGGUAGAAUACUGCAAACAGUUUUUGAUUCUCGACCAUCCUUCGCGGUGGAAUACGAUACGUGAGUAUAAGCUAUGCCGAUGUUGUUUAGGAAAGCACCAGGGUCCGUGUAAGUUUACUAAAAUGUGUGGGAAAAACGGAUGCACGUUCAAACACCACCGGUUGCUGCAUAAUGAUGCCAAGGAUAAGCACUAUUCCCCUACUUCUACUUCAGAGCCGAAGAGUGGUCCAAGCCAUCAAAACGCCGCCGAGCAUACCUGCAACACUCAUCGAGGAAACAGCAAUUCCGUACUUUUUCAGUACAUUCCCGUCACGCUUCACAAUAAAGGAGCACGAAUCAACACCUUUGCCUUCCUCGAUUGUGGGUCUUCGUUAACGUUGCUAGAAGAGGGGCUAGCAUCGGAGUUACAGCUGCAAGGUGAGAAGCAUCCGCUAUGUCUCCGGUGGACCGCUGAUACAUGCCGAUACGAGGACGCGGCCAUGAGGGUAUCACUCGAAAUUUCUGGGACACGUAAUGAAAAAGUCAAACAUCGACUCGCUGACGUUUACACCGUGAAGGAAUUGAAGCUACCUUCUCAGUCCCUACCAUUUGAGGAGCUUUCCACGAAACAUGCGUACUUGCAAGGGAUACCCGUGGACUCGUACACAAACAUGCAGCCUCGUAUCCUAAUUGGUAUGAACAACAUACGAGUAGUUCAUCCGUUGGAAAGCCGUGAGGGUGCAGAACACGAACCCAUAGCAGCCAAGACCAGAUUGGGAUGGAUGGUGUACGGAACGUGCCCUUCUGGAGGCAGAGCGUGCUCAAAUACCGCACCGCAUAGUUUCCAUAUGUGUCAUCACUCUUCAGAAGCUGACGUCGAACUGAAUUCAGUGGUCAAGGACCAUUUUGCACUCGAAAAUCUGGGCAUUGCGAAACUGGAAAAGCUGCUUUUGUCAACGGAAGAUGAACGCUCUGCAAAGAUGAUGCGUUCAGUGACGAAGUUCGAGAAUGGAAGAUUUCGAACAGGACUGCUGUGGAAAUUCGACGACAUUCGGCUACCUGACAGUAGGCCGAUGGCAUUGAGACGUCACCAUUGCCUGAUGAAAAGAAUGGAACGUGAUUCGAGCUUGGCUGAAACACUUAGAGCCAAGAUGGACGAUUACAUGCAGAAGGGUUACGUUCGCAAAUUGUCUCCAGAGGAAUUACGAGAACCCAAGGAUCGCAUAUGGUACUUGCCAAUAUUCCCUGUAUUCAACCCGAACAAGCCAAACAAAGUUCGGAUCGUUUGGGAUGCAGCGGCGACUGUGGGUGGAGUCUCUCUCAACUCUGUCCUCAUGAAAGGACCAGAUCUUCUGACAGCGUUGCCAUUUGUGCUGUACAGAUUCCGGGAGCGGCCGAUUGCAGUUUCUGGGGACAUCGCUGAGAUGUUCCUCCGUAUGCUGAUGAACCCGCUUGACCAGCACUGUCAACGGAUUUUCUGGUGCAACCGGGAUGGUACGACUGGCGAAUACGUCGUUACGGUGAUGACGUUUGGCGCUAAGUGCUCACCGAGCUGCGCCCAGUUCAUUAUCAACGAAAACGCAGCACGAUUCGCAGUACAGUUUCCAGAGGCUGUUGAAAUCAUCAAGAAAGGCCACUACGUCGACGACAUGUUGGUAAGCGUCGACACCGAAGAAGAAGCAAUAAAGCUAGCGAAGGAUAUCCAUUACAUCCAUCUACAGGGCGGGUUCACCAUGAGGAACUGGAUUUCAAAUUCUCCAUCAGUUGUGCAAGCGCUAGGUGAAACUGGAACAGCUGAGAAAAGUUUGGACGUGAACAACGAAGCAGUACUGGAGAAGGUCCUCGGAAUGUGGUGGGACACCAAGACGGAUACCUUUCGGUACAAACUUUCCACUGAACGGAACCAAGAGCUUAUUUCUGGCCUCAAACAUCCCACGAAACGAGACGUACUACGCGUAAUGAUGUCGGUGUACGACCCUCUCGGCUUGAUAUCUCACUACAUGGUAUACUUGAAAUUGCUGUUCCAAGAGAUUUGGAGAGAGGGAUCUUCAUGGGAUGACGAAAUCGGCGUGAGGCAGUUGAUGAAGUGGAAGAACUGGCUGCAACUUCUACCGGAAGCGGAAUCGGUGCGAGUUCCACGAUGUUACCAUCUAUCUUAUUCGCGUGGCAGAGAACGUACAGUAGAAUUGCAUACGUUUGUGGAUGCCAGUGAACUUGGAUACGCUGCGGUUUGCUAUUUUCGGUUCAUUGAAGGAGAUAAAAUCUCUUGUUCGUUAGUCGGAUCGAAAAGUAGAGUUGCCCCGAUCAAAUCUCUAUCAAUUCCACGGCUUGAACUCCAGGCAGCGGUGAUAGGCACCCGUUUAGCACGAAGCGUUGAGGAUGGACAUUCGAUCAAGAUUGAUCGACGGAUUUUUUGGACGGACGCCCGUGAUGUAAUGUGUUGGCUCAAGUCGGAUCACCGAAAAUACUCCCAGUUCGUCGCCUUUCGUGUCGGGGAAAUCUUAGAAGCUACAGAUAUCGGAGAGUGGAGGUGGAUACGAGGAAAAAUCAAUGUUGCCGAUGAAGGUACGAAAUGGGAUCGUUUACCGAGUUUCGACAUCAGCUGCCGCUGGUUUGCGGGUCCACCAUUCUUGUCGAAGCCGAGAUCGGAAUGGCCCGAAGCAUCAAUCAACGAAGAAACUGCAGAAGAACUCCGGCCGCGAUUGCUACAUCACCACACCCAGAUAGCCGGAGAUUUUCUGCGUCCGGAAAACUAUUCCAAUUUGAGCCACCUACAGCGACUUACCGCUCUCGUGCAGCGAUUUCCGGUCAAUCUUCAGCGGAAACUGAAGGGUGAGAAACUUCUUCGAGGACCACUGACCAGCGAAGAACUGCUAGCGGCGGACAAUUAUCUGUAUAAGCGCGCUCAAUGGGCAUGUUACCAGGAUGAGAUGGCGACAUUGUCCGCAGGUAAGCCAAAUUUACCCAAAACUAGUUCUUUGUUCAAGGUCAGCCCGUUUAUUGAUGGUGCGGGCGUGAUGCGCAUACAUAGUCGUAUCGACGUUUGCGAUUUUGCUGACGAAAAGACGCAGUUCCCGAUUGUACUACCACGUCGCAACCCGCUCACAAAUUUAGUGCUUCAGAACGUCCACGAAAAGUACCACCACCAGUGCAACGAAACCUUCGUUAACGAAGCUCGGAAGAAGUUCAACAUUCCAAGAGUACGUGUGGAGUGUGACAGAGUCCGUAGAGAGUGUUCCCGUUGUAAAAUCCGACGGGCUGAGCCUGAUCCUCCUAUGAUGGCGAACCUCCCAAAAGAGCGACUAGCAGCCUUUGUUCGACCCUUUUCUUACGUAGGGGUUGACUAUUUCGGCCCGUACCAGGUCACCGUUGGGCGGCGGUCCGAGAAACGUUAUGGAGUGUUAGUUACUUGCUUGACUACACGGGCGAUCCAUAUCGAGAUAGCCCACUCUCUCUCAACGGACUCGUGCAUAAUGGCCCUACGCAAUUGCUUCUCCAGACGGGGAACUCCACUGCAAAUAAUAAGCGACCGAGGGACCAACUUCGUGGGCGCAUCAAAGGAACUCAUGGAGGCAUUAGCGAACGUCGACAACAACAAAAUUAUGGCUGAGUUCACUACGGCGUCUACUUCGUGGAGCUUCAACCCACCUGCGUCGCCACAUAUGGGUGGCAUAUGGGAGAGGAUGAUACAGACGGUCAAAAAGGUUCUAGCCGAAAUCAAACCGAAACGUUUACCAACCGACGAAGUCCUAAAGAACCUGAUGGCUGAAAUAGAAAACGUUGUAAACAGCAGACCAUUGACUCAUGUUCCUGUCGACGAUGAAUCGUCUCCCGCAUUGACACCGAACCACUUUUUAGUUGGAUCAUCGAAUGGUUCUAAACCUUUAGUGCCAUAUGAUGAUAGUGCUUUGGCUAUGCGGCAGUCCUGGAAAACAUCACAAAUUCUGGCCAACUAUUUUUGGAAACGCUGGGUUCUUGAAUACACUCCUGUAAUCACCCGCCGAGCUAGGUGGUUCAACCCUGUAAAACCGAUUGCUGUUGGAAACAUUGUAAUUGUCGUCGAUCCCAGCUUCCCAAGGAACUGCUGGCCUAAAGGCAGAGUAGUCGCAGUCAAGACUUCGAAAGAUGGGCAGGUACGUUCAGCAACGGUUCAGACCGCUUCCGGCAUCUACGACAGACCAGCGGUGAAAUUGGCGGUACUGGACAUCGGGACAAAUCAGAGUAUGCUGAACCAGGGUCCAACUACUGGGGGGGAGUGUUGCGAACGCCCCUCGUCUGUGAGCCUACCUCCAAAUCAACACUUCGGUACCAACUGAACAAGCGAAAGCUGACAAAACGAGAUCAUGGAGAAGAACAAAGAGUGCUUAUAACAAAGCUGAAUUGGUGUGACACGAUGUCGAAAAAGAUUAUCUAAAUUUAUUUGCCUAAUUUUCGCGUAUAUAUUUACAUUUAAACCUAAAUUUGUUUGCAUUUAAACCUAAAUUUGUUAUUCUACACAUGCAGUGAGUUGAACAAAUAACAGUUUUGUUUAUUAAAGUGCUAAUUAAAAUGAAAUUUAUUAUCCUAGAAAUUGUUUUAGGUUAAAUUGAUUUGCACUCUGCCUUGAGCCGCCUCUAGACAGAAAAGAAAACUAAAGUUAUUCUGCACAAACCGGAUUCCCUAAGCCUAGCGUUACAUAGAUCCCAUUCCGGGUUAAACAAUGAAAGAAGAUUACAA